AUGAAGUUCGCAGGUGCCAUCCUCCUUCUUGCUGCGCUCAGCACAUCUGUCUUUGCCAGUCCCCAUCACGAUGACGAUGACCAAACAGUUACAGUGACCGACACUAUUACUAUCACUUCUACAGCCCAUGUGACUUACACCGAUUUUGUGUCCCGGCCUUGGAGAACCCACAAAGCCUCUACUUCUCCUAGGACCACACACACUCCAAGCACUUCAACCAGCACCAUUACAGUUCCACCGCCGGCCAGCACCCCGACUAUGAGUUCAACCAGCACGUCAACCAGCACGCUUUCUACAACCACCACAAGUUCUGGCUCGAAUUCCUCGGAUGGGUCUUGCAUCGCCAGUAGGUUUACUCAUGAUUACUUUGCAUGCGCACUCAAGCACUCUCCCCGCUAA